GACUGGCAGGCUGUUCAGCCAAUGGGAGGCAUCAUCGCCCAGCUGCUGGGAGGCGGGGCCUUUGCGAGGGUGUUAGGUUAGAGCGAGGCGUGACCUAGUUGACAGGCUUUGAGGGGCUUCUGCCACCGCUGCUGGUGCUGCCGCUGUCUCUGCUGCUGGUGCUGGUGCUGGUCCUGGUGCUGCUGUCACGGCUGCAGCUCACGGGGUGUCCUGCAAAGGAGAAUCGGAGCCGGAGCCCGAGGCGAGAGCGAGCUGUGAGGAGACGGGGAAGGGAGAACCGGAGGAAGGGGGGACGGCGGCGGCUGCUGCGGGCGGGGGGGCAGAGACUCUUUCACUUUUUGGAUUUCCCCGAGUUCCCCCUCCCACCCCGUGCGCGCACACACCCCCCCUUUUUUCCUGUGAGCCUGGGGAACUUGCAGCUCAAAGCCAGCCACCCCCACGGCAACAUGUACCCCAGCAACAGGAAGAAAAAGGUGUGGAAAGAGGAGAAAGAACGUUUACUGAAGAUGACCUUGGAAGAGAGACGAAAAGAAUACGUGAGGGAUUAUGUUCCUUUGAAAGACAUUCCAUCAUGGAAGGAAGAAAUGAAGACCAAAAGUCAGAAUGACGAUGAAAAUGUCCAGGAAAUUUCACAAGUGAAGAAAAGCUUGAGUGAAAAAGUUUCUCUCUAUCGAGGUGACAUCACAUUGCUUGAGAUUGACGCCAUAGUCAAUGCAGCAAAUGCCAGCCUUCUUGGAGGAGGAGGGGUGGAUGGCUGCAUUCAUAGAGCAGCUGGACCCUGUCUGGUUGCUGAAUGCCGUAAUUUGAGUGGCUGUGAGACUGGACAAGCUAAGAUCACGUGUGGGUAUGACCUGCCAGCAAAAUAUGUCAUCCAUACUGUGGGACCUAUAGCCAGGGGUCAUAUCAGUGAUUCUCAUAAAGAAGACCUUGCAAAUUGCUAUAAAUCUUCUCUGAAGUUGGCAAAAGAAAACAAUAUCAGAUCAAUUGCAUUCCCCUGUAUUUCCACAGGAAUUUAUGGAUUUCCAAAUGAGCCAGCUGCAACUGUAGCCCUAACCACCAUCAAGGAAUGGCUAAAUAGGAAUCAUCAUGAGAUGGACCGGAUCAUCUUUUGUGUCUUCUUGGAAGUUGACUUCAAAAUUUUCAAGAAGAAAAUGGGUGAAUAUUUCCCUAUAGAGGGUCUAGAAGCAAAGGAACUUUCUCCUCCUCCCAAGAAGAGCAAAGCAAAGAAGCCAGAACAUGUGAAGGAGUCUAAUGAGGAUGAGAAUGGUACAGAAGAGAAGCCAAGCUCAGAGGAAAUGGAAGGCUGCAGCCAAGGAGCAGAUGAGGCACAGCCUCCCACCGCACCCAGCCCUUCAUCAGAAGAAGCUGUUGAAGCCAGCAAGGAUAAAGAUUCUACCACAGAUGCGGGUGUUAUACAAGAGGAUGAUGUCACCCCUGGAUCAACACAAGACCAAGAUCCUGCUGAAGGACAUGAUGAUGACUCAAUGAAGAAUGAAAUGAAAAUUGAGACUGAAUCCCAGAGCUCAUACAUGGAAACAGAAGAACCUCCAUCAAAUCAAGAAGAUGCCCCAGUUGUUCCAAACUUUGAAGUUACUCCAGCCACUGAUGAAAAAGAAGAAAAAGAAAAUGAAAAAGAAGGAGCUUUGCAAGAAGGGAAGCCAUCAGCAGAGCAAGUUGGUGCUGGAGAUGCCUGCCUUGUGGAAAACACUGCAAGCCAUGAUGUUGAAAUGAAUAGCCAGGUUGAAAGUAUAACUGCUGACCCAACAGAGAGUCAACAAGAAGAUUAACUCAAACAGAUGAACAAGAUGAGGCAAAAGAAUGAAAUGACAUGGCAGCCCUUAGCAAUGUAUGGCAUCUGAUGGCAUCGGUGAAGUGGAGGCUGAGAUGACACCAAGUAGUGUCAAUAAGGGCUAGGGGUGGGUGGGGGAGGGAACUUGGGUCCAAAGAGAAGGGGAUUCUUUGCUUUGAUUCUUCUAGUUGUAUUUUGUUCUGUUUAUCUUCUUGAAGGGGACUAGGACAAUAGAGAAAGAUGCUUCCUCGGGUAUGGUGGCAGGUGCCCCAUAGGUAAACCAUUUCUUUUUUUAAAGGCACUGACCCUAUAUUGAUGUCUUUCCUUUGAAAAUUUUGUCCCAGGGUCAUAAUGGGACAGCUUAGACAUACACACAUAUACAUACAUAUGUAUAUAUAUACAUAUAUAUAUAUAUAUAUAUAUAUUCUGGUCUCCUGAUUUGCUUUCUCCAUGACUUUGUAAAGCAGGUUAUUCAGUGGUCUCUUUGAAAAAACAGAAGGGAAUAAGGUAGCUUUCUGUGUCAUAAUCUAAAAUUUCAGAAAACAUAGAGCUAGACGGCAGCAUAAUCCACAGACAGUAUCAAGUAGGGAACAGGUUAUUAGGAAGUGGUCAAAACCGACUUACUAAACCUUUGAAAAAAAUCUGGAUACCUAUAAAAUAGAAAAUGAGAUUUUAUUGGACACCUCAUAGCACCACAGAUUAGUUCCAUGGCAUUCAUUUUUAAAUGAUGAAAAAGCUUUUAGACAAACACAGAGUAAGAUGAGCUUAACUAGUAAUAUCAUAAAAGCCCCUUUCCAAGCCCAUGUCACCUUCAACCUUAGGUAGAUCUAAGAUUUUCAUUUUAUCAGCAAGACAAAUUUACAACAGGGCUCCUUUAUCCCAACAGAUCCUUAGCAUUUGCUUAUCUCAUAGCUUGGGUGUUAGGGCAAGAUGGUGCCAAUGACUGUAGUUUUUUGUUUUGUUUUUUUUUUCCCUAGUCAGUGGCAACACAGCUUAUUUAAGUAAGCACUAAUCUAGAUGUUGCUAGUAUUUUAACCUCUGGAUUAAAUAAGGACAUAUGCCAAUUAGAAGUCAUCCAAUGUUGACUGUGGGUCUUACACUUGAAAUCCCUCCUGCUUUACUUCCCAAAACAGAUGGGUGUAUAAUUAUGCAUCCUCAUGUAAUUGAGUGAGACACUUGCCCCAGAUGAUUGGGUAUAGGGCUCUGUGGGUCAAAUGUCACUAGGUAUUAAAAAGGAAAAAAAGGACGAGCAAGAAUCUCCUUUAAACUGUGCAGUAAAUUAAAUUAGUAUGCCUUUCACAAAAAGAAGAUAUGCUGUUCCCAAAAGAACACCCAGCACGUUUUCAAGGUUUGAAGGUCUGAAGAACACAUCCCCCUCCCUGUUAGAAGCAAUUAGAGCUCCUGUUUGCAGUCUCUGCUUCCUGGUUUGUUUUGACAUUACAUUACUUGACUAGGCCAGGUCUGAAAAUAAUUUGUUGCUGGGUUCCUCCCAGCCAACCACUGAGCACAGCAGUGAAAAAGGAACAGCAGCUCUGAUAGUCUAUGAGGCUAGUUCUCUCUGCAGAAUGGAGACUGACUAGCAUCUGCUAAAGAGGCCGUGGGACCAAGGGAUGAAAAAGUCAGAGAAGGAGCUCAGGUAUAUAUAUAUGUGCUAGUAUCUUUUUAACUAUAAUCCCUCAGAAGUCAAUAUUGACACCCUUAGCUAACCUUCUCGCCAACAGGCUGUACCUCCACCAGAACUUAAUCUUGUUUCCCUCAUGUCCCUUUAAGCUCCUUGUGACCAGACCUUUUUACAAGUACUUUGGAAUCUAUAUUUCAUUUAUAUUUUGCCUUAAACAAGCAGAUUGUAGUAGAUGGAUGUCCAAAUAUAGUCAGUCAGGUUGCAUACUUUACUAAUCAGCAUUCUUUGGACAUUUGGUUUAAAUUCUACUGAAGCUGGAAUUGGUUUUCACCAUGCCUCUACAGGAAGCCUUCCUUUUCUCUUUACACAGAAGUAUAUGAGUGCUUGUGUAUCACACACACACACACACACACACACACACACACACACACACAAACACACAUAUUCUUCCUGGUUUUUUUUUUUUCUUUCAACGCUUCCUGAAUUUGUUUUCCCCUCUGGACUUAUUUGCUACAUUUUAAAAAUUAACAGUCUGUAUUUCUGCCUAACACCCAUAGAGCAAUUUCACUAUCACAUAAUUCAUCUUCAGCUGAAGCAGCCCAUCAUCAAAACAACUAUUCCCUUGCGAAUGACAUCAUGGAAUCCUAGCUUGGCCAUUCCCUUGUGUGGUGUCAGUGAAUGAUCUAGGAAUGAGGAUAUCCUUUUUCAAGCCCCAUUAAACAUUGCUUCCUUAGAAGCAAGGAGAAAGUGAUUUUAAAAUAGUCCUAGAAAUGAUACCACAUGAAUUCUGAUAUUUUCUCUAUUUUAUGCCAUCUUUAUAACUUAAUUGAAAAAGUCACUGUCAUUCUUGUGAAGUGCUUGACAAGUGCAAUCUGCUGCAAGCAGAUUAUCCCGUGGCUACCAAAUGUUGGUGAUAUUCGCUUGCAGUAAUGAGCUACAACAGAAAACAACAUGAGAGAGAUGGUAUAGAGAACCAGGCUUGAAAGUGGUUCAAGAUGAAAGAUUCUGAAUCUCCCACUUUGGAACCACCAACAUGGAAAAUAAUGACCUUGACUAAUACUCCAGGUCUGAGACCUAAGCUAUCUUGAUUACCCAAGAGAGUCAUUUCCUCCAUACUUAUUUUUAACUUUGGUUCCCUUGCACCUUUGGGUAGUUAUUUAAAAUCUGGGGUUUUCUGCCUAAGGAUACUAUAAAAAAGUAAGCAAUGAAUCGAGAAAACUAAGAGAGUUAGGAAGAAUGCCAAUCCAUUCAAUCCGAUGAACCCAAAUAUAAAAUUUGUUUGGAUUUAUUAUCUGGUUUGGUUUAGAGAUUUUCAAGAGUUGCUGUUUAACUCUAUGAUUUUAUUGUUUUUAAAAAGAAUUCAUCAAGAUACUAUACUCUCAUUGAAAUAGUAAAAAUAAAAAUUAUCAAGUUAUUACUGUGAUAUAAUAUAACAUGGACACAGUGAAUUGUCAUUUCACUAGAAUUGCUGAAAUUAAUAGAAUAGGCUUUGUAAAAGAAUAAAUACCAAGUCAAUUAGUUCUUCCGCACAUGAAUUCUGUAUGUCGAUUUCUACCCAGAUUUCAAUCAUACUGUAGCAUGGGGGGGCGGGGGGCAGGGAGGGUUGGGGAGGGGAAAGAGAAUAAAACCCUACAUUAGUGAUGUUUGCAUACAGAGUAUCAAAAUAAGCUUUCAACAUAAUAGUUCCAAUUAAAAAAGGUUCUCAAUCUAGGAGAAACAAUGCAUUAUUCCUCUAGUUGGUGGCUGCUCAGAUGAUGGACAAGUCUUCUUUCAGAGUAGCUCACAAAGGAGACAUCUGAAGCACUGUCUGUGAUAUUGGGUCACAUAUUAUUCACUGCAGCUAAUUGUAAAUCUUUCUAUGAAACACUGAAAAGCCUCUUUGUGAAUUAAUACCGUUCUGCUUGAUGCACUUGAUUAAAAAAGACAUUUCUCUCUAUGUGGUGCAUGUCGGCUUUGCUUUGAAAAAUUACAAAGUUAGCAGAAUAUGUUUAAUAUAUUUUCUUGGGGACUAGGGUUUUUAUCAUAUGAUUCAUUAAGGAUUUGCCUUACCCUGACAUUUGUGAUAUAAAGGAAAAUCUGAAAAAAAAUGUAAUUUUCUUGAUCAAAAUAUGUUUUUACUUAAUGCAAAUAAAUGUAGUCUGUUGCUUGCAAAACGUCUUCUGAUAGCUGGUAUAAACUGCUAAAUAGAAUUAGACGUGCCUCCUUUGUUAAUCUAGCAUUUAAGUGCUGAAUUGCUUCUAAAUCUAUUAGUUUCUUUCUGUCUGUGCCAUACAUUGAAAACCUUAAACAACCGAUGCCUUCAUACUACAUUUGUUAAUGCAGAAUACUAAUAAAACUUAUUCAAGAGGAUAAGAUUGA